AUGAGCAGCUGGAAGAAGUUUAAAGAACCUCUACCUCCAAAAGAAGCAUUCUACAGCACUUUGGCAGAAACCGGUUUAAAAGACGAAGAAUACCAGCAUGCGUUAGACGUGUGGAAGAAGCACUCAUGCAAAGACAUGGGAGACUACCACGAAAUUUACCUUAGGUCAGACGUAGUACUGUUAGCAGACGUCUUCCAAAGCUUCCGGAAGAUGGCUAUGGAAUACUAUGGAUUGGACCCAGCUAACUUCUACACGGCUCCGGGACUCAGUUGGAGCGCUUUGCUAAAGAAGACGAACGCGCAAUUAGAUCUGCUAACGGAAUACGACAUGUUCAGAUUCAUGGAAGAUGGUAUUCGUGGUGGUGUCUGCGGCCCAAGCAGGCGCUACGCAAGAGCGAACAACCCCGCAGUAACGCACGACCCCGACAAGCCCACUUCGUACAUACUUUACUUAGACGCUAAUAACCUUUAUGGUUGGGCAAUGUCGCAAUACUUACCAGUUCGCGAUUUUAAGUGGGACGAAGUGCGUUCGAAAGACUUUUACAUGAAAGUAGGUAAGGAGGACGACAAAGGUUACAUUUUGGAAGUAGACCUUGAAUAUCCCCCGAACUUACAUGAUUCACACGAUGAGUUUGCAUUAGCGCCAGAAGCCAUAGAGAUACCUUUUGAACGCUUAAGCCCGCUGCAGAAAGAAAUGUGCCCCAGCUACAAACCAUACAGAAAGCUUACCAUGAAUCUGAUGAAUAAGGAGAAGUACGUAGUGCAUUACAGAAAUUUACAGUUCUACAUCAAACAUGGUAUGAAGAUAACGAAAAUCCACAGGGUUUUGAAGUUUACUCAGGAGCCUUGGAUGCGCAGCUAUAUCGACUUUAACACCCAAGAGAGAACGCAGGCUAAGAACGACUUCGAGAAGAACCGGUUUAAGCUGAUGAACAAUAGCGUGUUUGGGAAGACCAUGGAGAACAUCCGUAAGAGGGUAAGCAUAAAGAUAGCCAGCACAAAAGAAGAAGCCGAGGCUUACGUGUCGCAACCGGGUUUCGUCAGAUACGUAGAGAUGUUGAACUUCUACGUGAUUCACAUGAAGAAGGCGAAUUUAUUCUUGAACAAACCUGUAUACACGGGGAUUACCGUGUUGGAUUUGUCUAAGUUGCUCAUGUACGAGUUUUACUACGAUAAGUUAAAACCAAAGUAUGGUAACAAAUGCCGACUGCUGUACACGGACACAGACUCUUUAAUACUAGAAGUGAUCACGGAAGACGUCUAUAAGGACUUCCUGCCUGACAUCGAUGAGUACGAUACCAGUGAAUAUCCCAAAGACCACUUCCUUUACUCCGCGAAGAAUAAAAAGGUGAUAGGUAAGAUGAAAGAUAAAAUGGAGGGAAAACCCAUAGUAGAGUAUGUAGGACUUAAACCAAAGAUGUACAGCGUGUUAAAGCUAGACGGAGUAGAUAAGAAAGCUAAAGGCGUAAAAAGGUACGUGGUUGAGAAGGACAUAACGCACGACUCAUAUCUGAAGGUCUUAAAGACCAGAAAUGAGCAACGACACAAGAUGAACAGCAUACGCAGCUAUGGUCAUCAGCUGCAUAACGUCACCCAAGAGAAGGUGUCUUUAUCAGCAUUUGAUGGUAAAAGGUGGAUGUGUAAUGAUGGUAUCCACACCAUAGCGUUUGGGCAUUACACAAUAAGCAGUUCUUCUUUGACGAACCCACGCGUGGGACCAUCAUGA